GAUUAAGAAAUUAAAUGCGCUUAAUCACGAGACUGCACACUGCCACUUUCUAGCAUUUGCGAACAUGGCGGUUAAUGCAGGCUACGAUCGCUAUCCAUCCGUUGCUGACGACCACAAAUUCGCCCCACAGCCAACGGGUUAUUCCUUUUCUGAAACCGUGGGCGGCCGACAGGAUCCCACCUUCGUCAGAAUGACCACCUACAAGACUAAUGCGCCCUACAUGGCAGCGGGGACCACCAAUGCCUUCGCGUACCAGCGGACACCGUUGACGCGCUGCCGGGAUUGGCUGAGCACGUCCAUCUUAUCCAUCGUCAACGGGGGACUGUUGAUCGUCUUCUACGGGAUCACCAUUGGACUGUAUGCGACCAACGAUUUCAAUGGGUUAUUUUUGGCACCGUUGUACGGAGCGGGAAUUUGGGGCGGAGGGAUCGGGAUUGUCUGCGGUAUUGUUUCGCUGAUUGCACAGCAGAAGGCUAAACGGAUCGGGCCUAUGAACAGCGCGUGGGGAUUCGCUGGCGUAGCUUUCCUGCAGAUGUUAGGUGCACUAGCCUCUACCGGAGCAGCCAUCCUGGUAACUCUUUACGUUUGGAGAGCCUUUGUCGUCUAUCCCCUGGUUAGUAUGGCUGCCUCCUUUUCGACAUUCGGUUCAACAUUCGUUUUGCCUUAUGGACCAUUUAUUCUGGGCGUGUUCACCUUUGUGUUCGCCUGGGGUCCACCGGGAACCCUCAUCUACAAUUUCCGUCAUUCGACUACGGCGGCCAUAGACGUGAUGUCCCUUUAAGUGCUGGUUCCACUUCUGCCAGGGUGUUUGUCUUACAGUUACAGAUACAUACUGUAUUGUUCAUAGACAAAUGGGGUCAUGCGUCAUAUAUACUUUGAUUCGAGAAAUGGAAAGUUUUAGGAAUCAGCGGCACUAGCCGACUGUUUGAAAUAAUGGCUUUAAUGUCGUAAUAUUGCCGAUCAACAUGAGUUUUUAAUGCGAAUCCAAACCAGCAAUAAAACUUUUCGAUUA